AGCCAGGUAGAACGGGAAAUGUGGCAAGGUACCAGUCAGCCAGCAAGGAGGAACACUUCUUCAGUCAACGAAGAUGCAUUGAAGUGGUUAGAUGUGGUGUAACAGCAGGUUCUUUAAUUUAAUGUUGUAAAAUACAAGUGUUGGUGGUGUGUGAGUUUAUAUUUGAACAGUGUGUAUAUAUCUUAUAGUGGUGCAGAUCGGUAGCCGAAGAAAUACUUUCCCACUUUUCAUAAUCACGAAACAAAAAAGCUACAAAUUGUUAUACCUACCUCUGCUUUAACUGAAAGAUUUCAGUAGCAAUGCCUUGUUCAGCUGUUACUCUGUCUUUAGCUACAAUAACUGCAAUAGUGGCUGUAGCUCUUUUGGCUAUCGCAUUUUCAACGGAUAACUGGGUGUAUGUUGAUGUCAAAAGGGCACAGAUUCACCAGCAGUUCGCUGCCAAACGCGGGGACCAGGAGUCGCUACUCGAGAACAUGAAUUCUAAAUAUUAUUACUACACACGCACCAAAGGUCUCUUCAGAAUCUGCUAUCCCAAGGAGCGUCCACCAACCGUGGAAACAUACCUGAGUCCAGUAGAAACGCACUGCAAUAAUAUUGAUUACUACUUGCCAGAUGUGGACAGCGUCACAAAACAGUUCUCAGAUGAUGCCAUGGCCAGAUUACACAUGGGUCGAUCAAUGAUAGCUCUGUUCAUCGUGGCAUUUUUUGCUGUAUUUGUGGCAUUCUGGACGGGAGUUGCUGGAUGUUGGCGUCGAUCUCCUGGUAACAUCACCUGUACGGCUAUCCUUAUGCUGCUGGCAUGUCUGCUAAGUGCUGGAGGAAUGGGUCUGUGGCAUGGUGUGGAAUAUUAUGAGAAAGAGAAGGUUGUUGGGGAGGAGUUCUACCAACAGUGGAAUAAUGUUCUGAGGGAAAACUCAAUCUUUUCUUAUGAUUGGUCAUACAUUGUGGCUUGGAUUGGUGUUGGAUGGGCACUUGUUUCUGCCAUAUUGUUCUCGGCAGCAGCCAUUUGUCUGAGAGGUGAACGUGAGAAGGAAGAAGCAAUGAACAUGCAAUAUCUAAUGCCUGUUUAUCCUCAGAAGCAGCAGUAUGCCUAUGCAACAACAGGUUACCCUGCUCCAGCUGCUUACCCCGGGCCUUAUUAUCAUGGCUCACAAUAUGGCCCAUACAACUAUUAGGUACAAGAUACUCUAGGAAGAAGGUAAUGCACUGAGACAUAAUUUGUUCACCACAGCUUAUAAUACUGAUGGUGCUGUUGAAUAUUACAUGACUUAUUGAAACUUUUGCUGCAAACAGUGAGCCUGCACACAUCUAUUGAUAAUGCCACUAAAUAGUGUUGAAACCUGUGGAAGUCUGAUUCAUCAAGACCCAGUUUCAAAUGGAAAUAUUUUGGUUUUAAGAAAACUAGCCUUAACAUUUUUCAUGAUGAAUUUUUUAUGUUAGAUGUUGUCCUUGACUUUCAUAUCAAAGAUUUUAAUAUUUUCUACGCCCAUGAGUGAUUUUUAUACUAGUUUCUUGUUGUAGAUAGGUUCUCCCUUUCCAAAUUUGAGUUUUCUUGCUAAUCAUGACAUAAACCAUUCUAUCCUCCUGUCAACACAGUACCUUAAUACAGGCUAUGACAGCUUCCUCAUCAGUUCUUUUUUGUUCACUAAAUGUAUUCAUUUUUUACAUCAACCUAUUCUAAAUAACAACUGCAGUUGAUAGAGUGUCAUUAAAUAAUCAGUGAUCUAUUCUCCUUUGUCUGAAAAUUAAAGGGAAUUCUUGGGUUAUACUUUAAUUUCAUAUAAAUGGUGUUCUAGAAUAAAUAGCAUUGAUUACAAAUUAAUAUUCAACAUGGCUGAUGUGAGAUGUUGGUUUUCAACUCUGUAUUACAUAAAUUUCCUUGAGACACACUAUAAUUCAACAUGGACUUCUCACAUGUAAAGAUGAUACUGAAGUUAUCCAUGGGUCUCAAUUUAGAUGCUAAUGAAGUCAAUGUCAGUCUUUGCUACAAGUGUUCACUUAAUCUGUAUUUGCGGCUUGAUCAGCACUUUAAAAGAAGAGAUAAAUAUUUUUGCUUAUCAGAAAGUAUUAAUUUAACACAAUGGGCUCUUAAAACUUCACUUCUUACUUUUGGACAUAUCUUCAACAUUAUUUCCCACCAAAGAAAAAUGAUUUAACAUCAGUGGACUUCUAACUCACACUUUGCUACUUUCAGACAUGCAUUCAGCAAUUUCAUUAGUCUUAAUUAUGUAAGAUGCUACAUAUUGAAUUGUUCUUCCUUAAAUUUUAGUUUUACCACAGAUUUUGAAGACAAAUGUAAUUAAUUUAGGUAGUCAAUCCAUUGUACAAAGCUACAGUAUACUGAGUACUUUUAUGCCUUCUAAGUACCAAAUUCAUAAAUUUUAAAUUCACUGAUUUAUUUGUUGCUAGCUGUGCUUUGGCUUGUAAACUAUCCCUUUUGCUUUUCCUACAUAGUAAUAUUUUGCGUAUCGGCCUCCUCCUUUCUUAUUCCUCUCUUCCUUUUCCUCAUUCUAGUAUUCUUUCCAUUUUAUAUGGGUCAAAGGACAAAAAUACCUAGCUUCUUUAUUUACAUCCAACUGUCUUUCCUUUUCAGUUUCCUGCCAGCUCUUCUUCUCUUGUUCCAUAAUAUUAGCCAUUACUACACCAAUUUAAUUCUGUAUAUUUUCCUGCUUCACAUAAAGCAAGAAAACAAAUUUACAUAAUAAUACAAUUUUUCUCGUUACAGUAAUUUAAAAUAUUACAGUUCAUAAACUGUUAUUACAUACAAAUUAUCAUGCUCUUGUUAUAUAUUGUAACUUUACAUAUAUUAUUAGUAAGUUCUUGUUAGGCCUGAGCGAAGCAUUACACCACUGUGUCCAGACAGGCUAUGGAGAGCCCAUACAGUCUUCUAUCCAGUGGUUACUAAGGGCCCUUUCCCCAUAGAUAUAGUGACUAAGCCUGAAGCGGUUCACUCAUAUCAGUUUAGUGUUAAGGUUAGAAAUGCAUGAAACUGUACCUCCACUCCCUCAUAUGUUUUAAUUAAGUACAAGGACAACUUCAUUCUCUAUAUUUACUUUAGUUUAUGUGAGUGGUCUUAAUUAAAUGGUGAUUCACUCAGGACAAACUGUGGGUGCUUACAGAAUUCAGUAUAAAUUUAAUUUAGAUUUGUAUUAGAGUUUCCAGUGUGGAUUGUAUUAAAAUUUGGGUCAUAUGAAUUUAAGACUCUUAAAAUGCAGUGCUUAAUUUCCAAGUCACUAGAACAACCUUUUCAGUGACAGCCAGCAAUUUUUGUGUGUUCAUGUCAUGUGAGCAGGAAUGGACAUUGUGCUCUCUUAAUAUUUCAAUGUGCCUUCAUCCCAUGUAGCUCAGACAAAUUCAUCUUCAAGCUCUUUGCUGUUCACUGUAAUAUCAUGCCCAAAGAUUAACAUAAAAACUGAAUAUUGAAACAUCUCUAACAUUGAUAUAUGAUUAGAAAUGACCAACUGUGUGUAAUAGUGCUUGACAAAUGAUGGCUUUAAGUGAGUAAGAUUCUAAUAUUUCUUGUAGGUGUUAACAUGAAUUGUAAGAAAUAAGAGAAUUACUUCUGAAUGGAUAGUUGUAUUUAUGAAAAUAACAGCAGCAUCACAUGUUUACAUUUUAGUUUUUAGAAUUAUCUCAGUUAUUUUUGAACAAAAGUUUGUAACUGUGAAGAAAUUUGUGACUUGUGGUCUGUAAAAAACAUUGAUGUAUAGGAUCCUGCAAAUGAAGAACAUAUUGAAGUUGUAUAAGGGGUGGGCUUUCUCAGCCCUUGUACCAUGACCUACAGUGAUCUAUUGUGCUUCUAUAUUGAAGUUUUUGUUGAAUAAUGAGUGUGAGUACAGGAAGUAAGUUGAAAUCAUUUCACCAUUUGUAAUUAGGGUUUGGAUGUUUAGAUUUAUAUGUCCUUAUAAAACUGGAAAAGCAUGUCAUAUGCAAAGUUCACUCUUAGAAAACCCCAUUUCAUGACAGCUGUCAAAAUAAAUAUAAAGGGCAAUAUUGGCAUUCACAGGGCUUAUAUUAACACAUGAAAGUUUUGUAUGAUCCACGACAAUGUGAACACUGCUCCAACACUGCUUGCACCUAAUCUUUAUGGGCAAUUUCAUUAUUUGUGCAUUUAUUAUCUCUGUGCAAAAGGAGACAAUUCUCACCCAGUUUAUUUAAUAAAAGAAUAUCCAGAAAAGUAUUAUUUAAAAAUAAAAAAAAUUACUUUAGAUAAAUGAUAGUUGAACAAGUGUCGUAUAAUUUUACUACCAAAAUAUAUUUUACCUUAAGGACCUAGGGUGCUUCUUUAGAGUGUGGUGUUCUGAGUUGUCAUUGUGCAGCCUCAUACUCUGAAUUUAAGGCAGCAGAUUUGUUUGAAAUGCGAUAAUCAUCUACAGAAAUUUCAGUAUCAUAACUGGAAAGACCACAAUGCAGAUAUUUACAACAGUGAAAACUUUGAAUAUUGUGUUACUGUACAGCAUUUCUUUCUAAUUUUAAGGCAUUAAGUUUAUGUGCAUUUGCAUUUUGUGUCAGAACAUCCAGUCACUAGUUACAGUGUGACACUUAACUGGUAUGUAAUUGUAUAAAUUACAUGCUUAAGCUCAAGAAUAUUUUAAUAGUAUUUAAUUCUUUCUCCUAAUUUUGUCUAAUAUUAUAUUGUUUCUUUCAAGACUUGCAUGAUGGGGCAGAAAGAGCCUAAAUAAUAUUCUCCGUUUAUAAAGAUGUUAGAAAUAGAUUAUAAGAGGUUUAUAAAAUAUAUGGCAUUAAAGAAUUUGACUUUUCUAGGUAAUACCAUACUUCUCUAGAGUAUCUAGAAACUUGAAUUUUCAUUUCAGUUAUUACUUUAAAUUAUUCUAAAUUUGGCUGGUAUUACAAAUUCAAAUUUUUCUUUAAUGUGCUGUGUAGUUUUCUUGCAUACAGAAUAUCUUAAUACUAACAAAUAUAUGCGGUUCCAUCAUUUUAUAUAUUAUUUUCAAAAUUUCUGCCAUAUUCUGUGUGCAUGUGUAUUUCUAAUCGUAAGUUGCUUAUAAAUUAAAACAUAUGCACAAUUUUGCUUUUGUUUUUAAGAAAAUAUGCUGCAUUGAAAAAUAAUUAUUCUAGUUAAGAAUAAUGAUUUGCAUGAUUUACACUUAAAAGUAAAAACUAAAACUUUGAAUUCUAAAAAAUAUGUAUUCUGUUUCAUUUCAUAAAGCAGCCAAGUCCAGACUUUUAUUUUAUACUGGAAAUGUAACUCUGACAUACAGACUGGAAGUAGCUGAACUUCUGUUAUAAUAUAUCAAAUAAAAUAUAGUCAUCUUCUGGCUAUAAAUGUAAUUUUUAUUUUUUCACUAAGAAAUAGCCUUUUGGUGGUCAACCAACAAUUAAGUAUUGAAGAACGGCUUCCAUGCCAUUUCAACUCUUGACUGAUAUGAUAUCCCUAGACCUGUAGCAGUGUGACAUGUAGAGAAAGAUAAUUUUUCUGACCCAUUAUGUUAAAAUGUUAUAUUAUGAAACUCAAAACAAACCUCUCCAUAAUGAGGACUCUUGUAUUAUAGAUUAUGAAGUAUUGUAGACUGUACGAUAGUGAAGGUUUAUAGAAACAGAACAGUGUUUGGAAUGAAUGAAGACAGUCAUUCUGAGAUGUAUCCUACCAUAUAUUAUUUACAUUCUGUCACAAGCGUGAAAGGAUUGAGCAUAUUAAGGAGAAAAAAGAUGAGAACAAUAUUGAGAUAAUAAGAGAUUAAUCACAGAAGAUCUGAAAGUAAUGAAGGGUAUCAUCUUAUGACCCUCAGAAACACUGUGAACUCUUUAUAUUGACUUUAUAACACACUUUUAGUUAUUUUUGUAAAUUUAACAAAAUACUGCCAGCAUUAAAAGCAACAGUGAAAGGCAGAAAAAUAGAUAAUUUUGUUAUCAAUUGUAAUUUAAAAUAUACUGUGCUCUUUAUCAUUCCAGUGAAAUAGCAGAUCAAAUAGGAAUGUGAAGAUCAAAAUAUGAACUUUCAUUUAUCAGUUCAGCUUUAGUAAUCACUUCAAAAAAUGGGGUAUUAUUUGCUUUCUGUAUGUGUGAUGUUGUCCUGAAAAUGUUUAUGUAUUCAGUUCUUAACAUUACAGAGACACCUGCUCAAACCUAGCUGCUUGUUGCUAUUUAAAACUGAAGUCAGUGAAGAUAUUCUUCAUCUCUGUAUGUUGUGGUUUUAUUUUGUAGCUCACCUCUCUUGUGCAGUGCUCAUCAAAGUAUUAUUAAGGAGAGGUCUGAGUGUAAUAUAAUGCAAUAUUAUACAGUUUAA